AUGUAAUACCCUAGACAUUGCUAUAUUGUCUUCCUUUAUUUUAUUUCCUUAAGAGGACCGCAGACAUUUACACUAUGCGAAGGAUACGCGCAUGCUCAUAUUUUACGUGCUCGCUGCCGAUUCUGUGCGUGUUGACGUUACUUUUCCGUUGAUUGUUGGCUUCGCUCAUACUCGGUGACGGGGGACAGUAAAGAUGGCGUCGGCAGAAUUUCUGUGUGUGAUUACCCGGAGAAGAUGACGACUUUGAGUUCAUUAGCUCCGUCUCACACCGAAGUGUCCUCACUGUUCACUUAAAACAAUCUGAGGUAAAGACUAUAUCCCGCGAGGACUUGUUGACAGAGAUCCGAAAGCCGAAGACAGUCGCAAAAUAUAUAUAUAUAAAACAACCCAUGGAGGAUAUCAACUCUAACAUUAACGCAGACUUGGAGGUGCGGAAGCUUCAAGACUUGGUGAAGAAGCUCGAACAGCAGAACGAGCAGCUCCGGAGCCGGUCCACUCUCCUCGCCUCGUCGGGCGGCGUGUCAGGGAAUGUCAGACCCCUCAGCGCCGGAUUCGACUCGCCCCUGUCUGUGGGAGCAGCCACGGGGCUAGCCGGUUUCUCCGGGGUGGGGUUCGGAGGGACUAGGGGCUAUGAUGGGGUUUUGGAAAACUCCCGUUGUCUGAGCCCGAUACAAUCAUACGAUAGCCCGGGGUAUGGGAGGGCGUACGAGGGUGCUGUGGCAGCGGCUUCGGGGUCCUCUUAUAUUGAUGAUAUGGGGGAUUUCACCGAAGAUGGAGAAACUUCUGUCUUGGAUGAGGUGGAAAUCCUCGAUCUCGAAGACAUGGACUGUCUUAACGAGGAGGAGGACAGCUGGCUGUAUGAGGCGAAGAUAAACAGUCCGUUGCAGAAGGCAGUCAGCCCCAUCGCUUGGUGCCGCCAUGCCCUGGAUCACCCCAGCCCUGACAUGGAGACCGCCAAGCGCUCACUCAUACACCGGCUCGACCUCACCAUGUCAGCGAGUAAGAGGAGGAGUCUGUACAGCGCCCCCUACAGUCCCACCACAGGAAACAGCCCCUACAGCAGCGGCUUCAACUCGCCGUCCUCCACACCUUCCAGGGUACCCACCGUCAAGCAGCUAGUACUGCCUGGCAGUGCAGGGCUCCAGAGGGCCUCGGCGGAGAGGACCCCUCCUCCUGCAGUGAGCCCGCAGUCGUCGGUGGACAGUGAGCUGAGCACCUCUGAGAUGGACGAGGACUCUGUGGGCUCCUCCAGCACCUACAAGCUCAACGACGUCACGGACGUGCAGAUCCUCGCCCGCAUGCAGGAGGAGAGUCUGCGGCAGGACUAUGCUGCCACGGCCUCUCGGCGCAGUUCGGGCUCCUCCUGCCACUCCCUGCGCCGCGGCACAUUCAGCGACCAGGAGCUGGACGCCCACAGCCUGGAGGACGAGGAGGAAGCCAUGCACCCCGCCUUCCACCCGCCCGUCAGCCGCUUCAGCCCCUCCCCUCGCCCCUCCCCCCGCCACUCCCCCCGAAACUCUCCUCGCUCCCGUUCCCCCGCCCGCACCCUGGAAUACGGCCACAGCCGCGGCUCCCCGCAGCCAAUCAUCAGCCGGCUGCAGCAGCCCCGCCUCUCCCUGCAAGGACACGCCCCCGACCUGCAGACCAACGCCGUCAAGAACGAAGAGAAGUUGAGGAGAAGUCUUCCUAAUCUGUGUCGGUCGGCAGUGGUUCCGGCUGCAGAGCCUGUAAAGAGCAGCAGGAGCUGCGACUCCAACCUGCAGGAGCCCAACGGCCCCGCCCACCCCCGCCACCAGCCUCAGUCUGCCACUCCGUCCAGCAGGUACUCAAACGCCCCUCGCGCUUCCCCGAAAACCAAACAGCAGCUUCAGAGUCCGUCUUCCUUACGAGUCCCCUCCCCCAGUAAGCUGCGAGCCCCGGCCACGCCCUCUCCCCUGGCACUGCGCCAGCCAGUCAAGGCCUUGUCCAGCACAGGCUCUGCCCCAUCCUCUGGCACGACCACACCCACCCGCUCCCUUGGCCCCGCCCGCAGUGGCCUGCCACGCCCCAGCACCUCUGCAGGGGGCGGCCUCCCUGUACCGCGCAGCAAACUGGCGCAACCUGUCCGUAGGUCCCUGCCUGCCCCCCGCUCCUACGGUGGCAUGAAGGACGACAGCUGGAGGGAGGGCUGUUACUGAGGAGGGGUGCGGGGCAGAGUCUUUCACCCAAUCAGCACAGACUGGCAGAGAUGACCUGGUCGCACUUUAUCAGAAAAUUCUUCAAAGAAAAGAGAGAGAAGAAAAUCCAAAAUCAAAAAGGCAAAAAUAUAAACAGACAUUUCAUACAAUCAACAUUUCAUCCGACCCAAACUGACCCGCUCCGGCCAGAACCGACCCGCUCCAAUGCCAAAGAACCGCGCCGGGCCCGUGGCGGUGACACAGGGACCCGUUUACUCAGCACCGCCAAACCCGACACCGCGGAGAGCGUAACUCCGCCUGACACGUCAGAGGGGAGGGGCCUGGCCUGGCCAGCCGAGCCCUGAUUGGUCAGGGCCUCUCUGUGCUCUUGUAUCUAUGCACACGGCCCCCCCAGCAGUGCGUAACCUGCGGAUGCCGGCAAGCAGCCUGGGGGACGGCCGCUGACCUCUGACCCCUGACCCCUCCCCCAUUCCACGCCUGUGAAGUGCCUGAGUUGAGCAUAUUAAUCCCCCCCCCCCCCCCCAGUACGAGCAGCUCACACACAUCUCUCUGAACUUCUCCGCCAGUACAGCCGGGACACUGCUCUCCUUCUCUCCCUCUCUUUCUUCCCGUCUUUCUCUUGUACUUUUAUUUACCCAGGAACAGACCAGCACCUGCCCAUCUCCCACUCUCCCCCUCUUCUGUCUCUCUCCCCCUCCCCCUCUCUCCAUUUCUCUUGUCUCCCCCUCUCUCCUGGUUUCUGGCUGUCCUGGGCUGCUGUAGGCUGUACUGUGCAGGUGACAGGAAGUAAGAGUGGCUGUACUGUGCAGGUGACAGGAAGUAAGAGUGGCUGUACUGUGCAGGUGACAGGAAGUGAGAGUGGCUGUACUGUGCAGGUGACAGGAAGUGAGAGUGGCUGUACUGUGCAGGUGACAGGAAGUGAGAGUGGGCUGGCUGUUAAACAGCCUCCCAGGAUAAUUACAAAUCUAAAUUCCAUUUUCUGUCCACUGAGCUGAAAGAAGCUUCUCCUUUUAAUUUGUGAUCUUAUUUAUUUGAAUUUAUUUAACUUUUCUCUGCAGGAUGUAUAUGAAUGCAUACAUAACACAGUAUUCAUAUUUUAAUUGAUCAUAAUUGUUAGUUAUAAUUCUAAUUCUUUUAUUUGUUUGGAACCGUUUAAAAUAUCAGGAAGCUUAUUUUCAAAGAGAUUUCUCCAAAGCAUAUUAUUUUUCUGUAAUGUUGUCCUGUCUUGUGAUAUUGCUGUUUGUUGGGUUUAGCCCAGAGGAUGCAGGUUUUGGUGAAAUAUCACAGUGUGCUUUUAGAAGAGAUAGUUAUGAGUCAGUCAGUAAAAGUGCGCAUGUUGUCAUCCAGUGCUGUGCUCAGCAGAAUGGUGACGUCAUCAAAAAGCGCCUGUCUGCAGAUGACGUCACAAUGGAGUGAUGAUGUCAUAAUGGAGUGUUAACUACAACAAAGGAAAGUGGAUGGUGCAGGCUGCCUUAUGUAAGGGAGUCCACAGCUGUUCGGCCCCUUGGCCCAGGGCUCCUCCUCAUUAAUGAGCAAGGGAAACGGCUCCAGGGAUUUCCCACAACCCCCCAUUCCUGCAUUUCAGCACAUGAAGCUUUGCUUCCUCUCACACUGUUCCCUGCAGGUGGACUCGGCUCCUCCCUCAACCCACUACAUGCAGGGUGGAGGAAAUGCCCCAUCAGUUACCGCCAAGCACACACACACACACACACACACACGCACGCGCACAUACACAGAGCCUAUAUCACAAAAGCACAUAGAGGGGUAUGACAAUUACUGUAGAUGUGUGCGUGUGUAUGUGUGUGUGUGCGCGACUGAGUGGGUGCAUGAGCGUGUGAUUGUGUGAGAGCGUGUCAGUGUGUGUGUGUGUAUACGUGCAUGAGUGUGUGUGUGUGCAUGCAUUCGUGCAUGUGUGUAUACGCUCUACAUCACUCUUACUGUGCUAAACAGCAGGAGACUGAGGGGAGUCGUUCGAAGGCCUUCCCCCAUAGGUGUGCGCUACAGUAAUGUUCCCCACAGAAACCAGUGCCUAUGAUUUCAUGAGUUCUGCAGUGGCUCAUUUUUGAUUGUGAUCUUUGUUUCCUUUUUGGUGCCAAUGACUUUAAUUUGCCAAUUUACUCGUGUAAGGAAGCCCAACCUGAUCUCUGCUCGAGGUUUUAAAAAUGCAAUGGUGAAUGCUUUUUGUUUUUGCAAUUGCCUAAAAAAAAAGUUUAUAAGUUGCUCCUGAAAAGUAUGUUGAAUAUGCGCCUUUGAUAUUUGAAAACAGAAAUAGUCCCGUGAGAGAGGUAUUUAUUGAGUUGUAUUGCAGGAGGCUCUUGAACAGACCAGGCCAUUUUGUGCGAUUGUUUUGUUUACAGUCUUUUAUAUCCACAACAUGACUUAAGAUUCCGCUUGUAAGGUCACAUUUCAAAUAAAAGUUUAGAAACUUCUGACUGCUGCCGUA